AUUUUAUAUUUUCGGGACCCCACGACGUAUAAUUAGCGAUAGAGGUUCGGCCUAUACGCCCAGAAAAUUUGAAUCGUUUUGUAAUAAAUAUGGUAUUCAUCACACUCUAAAUGCGGUAGCCACGCCUCGGGCAAAUGGCCAGUGUGAGCGUGCAAACCGGGUUGUGCUAAAUACCCUAGCAGUAAUGGCUGCAGGCAUGAAAGAGUCCAAAUGGGACACACUUGUUAAGCCAAUUCAAGGUAUUCUGAACUCUACAGAAAAUAAAACCAUAGGUGUUUCACAUUUAGAAGUUCUGGCGGGAUACAAAGGGCGAAACAUCGCAGAAGCGAAAAUUCUUAGCGUUGUGCAAAAUGAGGUAGAGCGACUAGAUUUACAACAAGUAAGAGAAAAUGUGAGUAAACGGAUCGUUAGAGAUCAAAAUGUUCAAAAGAAGCGAUUUGAUAAAACCCGUAAAAAAGCAAAACAAUAUACUAAAGGUGAAAUAGUAAUGAUACUAAAAACAAGCAUACAAGCUACAGGUAGUAGUCAAAAACUUACACCAUCGUUUAGGGGACCAUUCAAAAUCACAAGUGUUUUGUAUAAAGACAAGUAUGAGGUAGAGGACCUUCGAGAAGGCAUGAAACGGUCACGAACAGUUGUAACCGUAGAUGAAAUGAAACCUUGGAUACUCCUAAGAGAUGACGAUAGUGGACAAAGCCAGUCGGAAGAUGAUUUUGAACCACACUAUGGUGGGGUUCAGAAUGAUCAAUCUGAGGACAGCUUGAUAAAAUAGGAUGGCCGAAUGUAAGAAGUAUAAGAAAGGGGCUUUUCCUGGUAGCCUAUCGAGAGCCGAUGUUUGGGUUAUGUUAUCAGGAAAGGCACCUAAGGAAGGUCAACACGAGCGGUGUGGAUGAAAUUGUAACAGGAUGACAAACUGGAUUAUUAUAUGCUAAGACGUGACGAUGAAAGGUUAUAUAUAAAAAGUCGAUGUAUGGACUAUGAAAAAUAUAUAGUGUUAUUCGUUUUGAACCUUGAA